AUGUCGAAGCGCAUCUUGAUCGCCAACCGUGGCGAGAUCGCUUGCCGCCUCAUCCGCACCUAUCAGCUCUUCCCUCUCGACGCCGCGACUCCACGCAUCGAGACCGUGGCGGUGUACACGCGGUCGGAAGCCAAUGCGCUGCACGUUGCGCUCGCCGACGCAUCCCACCAGCUCGACGGCGAAGGACCGAAAGCCUACCUCGAUGCUCAGGCGCUCGUCGCUGCCGCGAAACAGCACGGAUGCUGGGGCAUUGCUCCUGGCUACGGUUUCUUGUCGGAAGACGCUCACUUCUCGAAACUCUGCCACGACAACGGCAUCGUCUUUCUCGGUCCCACUCACGACCAGCUUCAGCUGCUGGGCAACAAGGUCUCGGCGCGCGAGCUGGCGCAGCGUCUCAAAGUGCCCAUCCUUCAGGGCACACGUGCACACAGCACUUCGGCGCUAGACGACAUUCUGGCGUUUGCAGGAUCGAUUCCGCCGGGAGGGAAGAUCAUUCUCAAGGCAGCAAAUGGCGGUGGCGGACGCGGGAUCCGCAUUGUGUCUAUUGGACCCAACACGGCCGAGGCGAAGAAGGCGGUGGCGGAUGCGUACGAGUCGUGCACGCGCGAGGCAGCCGCCUCCUUCGGCGACGGAACGGUCUAUGCCGAGCGCUUCCUGGUGAAUGCACGCCAUGUCGAGGUGCAAGUGCUCGGCGACGGCACUGGUCAGGUGUGCCACUUUUGGGACCGCGAAUGCUCGCUGCAACGGCGCAAUCAGAAACUCGUCGAGAUCGCCCCCGCCCCCCGCCUCGACGCUGCACUGCGCAAGCGGAUCAUCGACGCCGCACUCAGCCUCGCCCGUGCCGCAAAGCUGCGCAGCCUGGCGACGGUCGAGUUCCUGGUCGACGAGCCCACCGCGAGCUUCUACUUUAUGGAGGCCAAUCCGCGCAUUCAGGUCGAGCACACCAUCACCGAAAACGUCACGAGCCACGACCUCGUGGCGCUGCAGCUCCUCGUCGGUCUCGGCCGCACACUGCCCCAGCUGGGACUCGCAACACAGGCAGUGGCGUUCCCCUCCAAGGUUGCGAUCCAGCUCCGCGUGAAUGCAGAGUCGUUCCGCGGCGAAACGGACGAGGUGCGCCCCGAGACCGGUAGCAUCGACGCGCUCAUCUGGCCCACGGGCGGACAUGUGCGCGUCGAGAGCGCAGCCCAUCCCCCGCAUCCCAAGCAUGGAGUGUACGCAGUGCAUCCGCUCUUCGACAGCCUGCUCGCAAAGAUCAUCGUGACCGCGCCGAACUACGCCUCGGCACUGGGUGCUGCACGCCGCGCGUUGGAGGGAACGACGAUCAGAGGGGUGCGCACCAACGCCGCGUUCCUCCUCGCGCUGCUGACGCACGAGCCGGUGCGCAACGCCCAACACCACAUCCACACCGUGCAGACCGAUUUCCCCGCGCUCAGGAAACACGCCGACGAGUUCGAGGCGCUCUUCGCUUCGGCGCCGAGCCGUGCGUCUAUCACGCAGACAGGAGAGAGCGCGACCAAGGAUGAAGUGCAGGUGGGCGAGGGCCAGGCGGCGGUCAGGUCGCAUCUGGGCGGGCUGGUGGUGAAGCUGUCAGUGGCGCAGGGCGACACGCUGGUGGCGGGGCAGGAGGUGAUGGUGAUUGAGGCGAUGAAGAUGGAGCAUGUGGUGCGUGCGGAUGCGUCUGUUGCGGGUGGGCGCGUGCAGCGCAUCGCCGUCGAGCAAGGCAGCGUGGUGAGUGCCUCUGACCUGCUGCUUGUGGUUGACCUUGCUGCGGGGUCCGAAAGCGCUGCAACCGGCGACACCGAUUCAGCCGCGGCCGAAGAGGUGAGCGAGGACCCCAACGUGCCGCGUCCCGAGCUGGUGGAGCUGCAAGAGCGACGUCGCGCGAUUGCAGACUCGGGCCGCGAGGCGGCGGUGGCCAAACGGCACGCACGAGGCUACCGCACGGUGCGCGAGAGCAUCAGCAUGCUUCUUGACGCCGACUCGCUCGUCGAGUACGGCGACCUUGCCCUCGCAGCGCAGCGCAAGCGCUACACCAUCCCAGAGCUCAUGGACAAGACGACGGGCGACGGCAUCGUGACGGGCUUCGGACGCAUUUACGGCCACACGGUGGGCGUGAUGCUGGGCGACUACCUCGUGCUCGCCGGAACGCAGGGCUACAUGCACCAUCUUAAGCUCGACCGUCUGCUGCUCGCCGUGCUCUCCAACCCGGCGCCCGUGGUGCUGUACGCCGAGGGUGGCGGCGGCAGACCGGGCGAUACCGACUAUCCGUCCGGAUCGGGCCUGCACACGCCCUCGUUUGCGCUCAUGGGCCAGGUGCGCGCCAAGGGCAUCCCCAUCGUCGGCGUCGCCAACGGCUACGUGUUUGCGGGCAAUGCGGCGCUGCUGGGCACGUGCGAUGUGGUGGUGGCGACGCGCGGCGGCGAUGCAGCCCGAGCCGCCGCGCAGGGUGUCGACACCAAGGGCGUGGGAAAGACCUCGAUCGGCAUGGGCGGCAGUGCGAUGAUCGAGGCGGGCGGACUGGGCGUGUUUGAGUCGGACGAGAUCGGCCCGACUGCCAUCCACGCUGCGACGGGCGGAGUGGACGUGGUGGUGGCGGACGAGGACGAAGCCGCCGCACUCACACGCACGCUCGUGGGUAUGUGGACGCACCAUCAGCUGUCCGAGCGGGCAUGGCGAUACUCGGGCGACGUGCUGCAGCUCCGCACGAGCCUGCCAUCGGUGCAAGAGCGCCGGCGCGCCUUCGACAUGCGGCGCGUCAUCUCGCUGCUCGUCGACGACGGCUCGUGGGUGGAGCUGGGCGCGCACUGGGGUACGGGCAUCAUCACGGGCUUUGCGCGACUCAAGGGACGCGCCGUAGCGAUCCUUGCCAACGACCCCAUGUCGGCGCUGGGUGGGGCGAUCGACAUCGAGGCCGCCCUCAAGGCGACGCGUCUGCUGCGGCUGCUGGCACGCACGCGCUGUGCCCACCUUAUCAGCCUUUGCGACACGCCCGGCUUCAUGGUGGGUCCUGAGUUCGAGCGCACCGCGCGCGGCGGGGGCAGCUUCCGCGUCUUCGGCGACUGGUUCACCGCCGCGGCCGAAUUCAGCCAGUCGGGCGGCCGCUUUGUGGGCGUGAUCCUGCGUCGCGCAUUCGGGCUUGGAGCCCAGGCGAUGCUCGGAGGCAGCACGCUCAGCAACGCCAUCUGUGCCGCGUGGCCCGCUGCGAGCCUGGGACCCAUGUCGCUCGAGGGCGCCGUGCAGCUGAGCAUGAAGAAGCAGCUCGCCGCCAUCGCCGACGACGCCGAGCGCAAGCGCGUCGCCGACGCUGCCGUGACCAAGCUCUAUGCGGGCGGCAGUGCGACGAACGUGGCGAGCAUGGCCGAGAUCGAUACCGUGCUCGAUCCGGCCCAGACGCGGGACUGGCUCGCCGAUGUCGUGAGGGAUGUGCUCGGAGAGAGGAAGCCGACGUUUGUGCUCAGGAGGGAGCAGGCCUCCAGCCCGCAUCUGUAG